AGGACAUCAGAUUUUCAGGCUCAUACUCGCGGCGGUCUGACUUUCGAAUAUCAGGAUGGGCAAACGGGCCGCCCAUGAUGCGCGCGAGGCCAGCGCCCCCGCCCCGUGGGCCAUGGGCGCCGCCGACGCGGCCAAGUCCAAGACGGCCAAGGUGCAGGUUUCCCUUGAACGCGUUUUCGCUUCAUAUGCCAUUGGCGAUCGCCCCCAUGCGGAGCCAGGGGGCGGGCCUGCGCAGGCGGAGUCGCCCCCGGGAUCAUCGGCGGAAUCAUCGGCCGAGUUUGAGGGCGCAUCGGCCGAAGCCGCUGCGCCUAUCGCGCAGGCGAGCGCCCGCGUCGCGGGCGCCGGCGGAAGCUGGUCCCGCGUGCUGUUGGCCAAGGGGUCCAGCAGCGCCUCGAUGGGGGCGGCGCAGGGCGACGCUUGCGGAAGCGAGCCUGCUCCAUCGCAGGCGGUGGCAGCAUCGGCGCGGAAGUUAUGCAUUCACUUAUCCGAGGCUUCUGUGGCUUCGGAGGCUCCGCAGAGGGUUGCUAUUGGCAGCGGCGCCACCCUGCUCGAUGAUGCGUGCUCGCACUACGCCGCGCAGGUCACCUCGCAGCUUUGGAAGGACCUGGCCGGGCAGUCGGACCGCUUCCCGCAGGUGUUUGACAUCGGCUCCGCUUGCUCAGGCACCGACGUCUGGGGCUUCGCCGUGGAAAGCAUCUGCAGCUUGAUAUCCAACAGGACGGGAGGAUGCCUCAACUCACGAGUUUCAUUCGUAUGCGAAAGCGACAGGAACAAACAGCAGUUUUUGAUGCACUUACCCACCGUGCAGAAUAACCACGAUUGCUGCGUUUUUGACGACAUCCACGAGCUCCCCAGCGGCAGUGGAGCAUGUCGGCGCCACGGCGCUGAUGGUGAGAAAUGCAAAACCAAGUUCUGCCACGCCUUUGGGUGCGGCUUCUCUUGUACGGCGGUGAGCCACGCAAAUUUCCAUUGUCGCGAGGCUGCUGGUGCAAUGCGGUCGGGCUCCAACGCGACCGCCGACACCUUCCGGUCCACCCUUGGCUACAUGUCGCUCAUGCGGCCUUGGCUGGGCGUCGUGGAGAACAGCGACAGCCUCGACGACAUCCCUGGUGGCCACGACGCAGACCCGCUCGCUGCCCAGGAGAGCAACCUGAAGCAGUGCCGGGACAUGUUGAAAGAGGCAGGGUACGCAACCUUUGCAGUCUUGUGCAACUCGAGGGAUUUUGGCGUCCCACAGGACAGGAAGCGGAUAUACUUGGGCUGCGUCGCCAUCGAACUGUACCAGUUCAACGUGGGCCUCGCGUUCAAAGGGGCGCAGCUGAUGGGGGACGCCAUGAGGACCAUGCGGAUCGAGGACGGCCCGGUGACGCUCGAGAGUCUCCUUUUAGACGACGACGACGAGUUGGUGCAGGGUGAACUCCAGCACUGGUUGAGGACGAGGGCGGCCAGCAAGGACGUGGACAUGAAGGACGAGUCCUGGCAAGAGCGUCACCAGGAGGAGUAUGCCAAGCGCGGCCUUCGUUGGGGGCACUUGCAGCCCAGACCCGAGGUGAAGGCAUCGCCGUGGUACGCGGCGCUGACCCCGCGGGAGCAGGACCUACUUGUUUUCGUAAGCCACGCCGAGCCAGCGGCGAAGUCUGUGGACCUGUCCCAGAGCAUCGGGCGCCAUCGCAGCAACAUGUCUGACUCCAUGCUGGGGGCCAUCUUGCCGAAGGAGAUGCGGUGGUUGUUCAGCCGCCAGCGGCUUCUGACUGGAUGCGAGUGCUUAGGGUUGCAGGCGUUUCCCUGGCAAGACGUGGAGUUAGGAAACAGCGACGUUGCCACGCUGCAUUCUCUCGCAGGGAACGCCUGGACUGGCACUAUUGCCCAGGCUAUGUUUCUCAGCAUGGCCAUGCGUCUCCCGUGGCCAAAGGCGCAGUCGGGCGAGGGCCCAGGCGCCGACGAUGAAGACGGGGAUAGUAGCAGCGACUAGCCAUUCUUGCUCCCGGAUGUCAUCAUUGUGCAGACCUUUUGCCCUAGUUAGCCCAGGAUAGCAGCCAUUGGCGGACCUGCACCAUGGAGACCGAGAGUGCCAAUGGGAGAACAAAAGAACGCAGGGGUCCAGGGGGCCCUCGGCUUUCGAAUUGCAGGGUGGUCUUUUUCACAGAGCGGGUGCGCCGGGGAGAACCCCGACACCGUUUUCACAGCCAGAGCUCGCCAUGCAUGGGUCCAAUCGGUGCCAAAC